AUGAAGAGCAUCGAAGUCUUGGAGGAUAUAAAAAACAGACUAAGAACAUUGCUAUUCAGCGGGAAGGACUUGGGCAUACAGAGUAUAAGAGACGACUUUUUCUUUGUCGUCUCAAAACCUAAGCUUUUCGAGAAGUUAGUGAUGGGGCAAGUUUUUUCUUGUGCAGACUACUCGGAAUUCAAGAAGCUGAUGCAUUUAUGCGGGUACUCGUUUAUCAGUCCAGAUGGGUUCAUAAGAGGAGGAGGCAAGGAAAGCACAGCCCCAGAGAUAUCAUUUGAGGAGCCUGACCAAAAGGAUCUCUUGGGUUUCUCGAGGUCCCUGAGGGAUCUGCUAAAAAGAUACUCCGUUCUUGAAGACGUUGUUGAUGACAUCCGGUCCCGCCUUGAUGCCAUAGACAGUAUACUUGAGAGAUCCAUGGACAUGGUCCGUGCUGCACUUGACAAGGGUGCAUGCAAGUCAGAGAUUGAUUUUCAAGAAAUCGAUGAUCUUGCAGCAGUUCUGAUGGAGUAUAGCUCUGAGGAGCUGGCAGGCAUGCCAGAUGGUGCACUAACACCAGAAGAGUCUGGCAUAGAAAUCCCGUCGGAGUCAGCAUCUUCGGAAGAGGAGGAUAGGAUGCUGCAGAAGAAAAAGAAUAGGAAAAAAGGUGUUCAUUUCUUCUAG